AUGAAUGAGAUUAAAUCAGAAAUUGUACAGGAUAUGGCUGGUAGAAGGAACAACAAUAACGGAGAGUUGGGCGGUCAGAACAACCAGUUUCUAGAAGGACUUACUGCACUUCUACAUGAGCAGAACCGCAUUCAUGGGGAACAGAUUCAACAAAUAUUGCAGGCUAGGGAGCAGGGGAGCACCCCCAGACGUUCUACACCUAGUACGCAACUGGUUUACAAGCAGUUUCGGGAGCUUGGACCGACGGAGUUUAAAGGCACCACAGACCCAAUCGCUGCAGAGGGAUGGAUUCGGUCUCUGGAAACGAUAUUUGAUUUCAUGCAGCUCACAGAUGCGGACAAGGUCAGGUGCGCGAUAUUCCUGCUUCGGGAUGAUGCUCGGGUAUGGUGGGAGGGUGCGCGGCUGACUGUAGAUCUGACUAUCUUGACUUGGGCUAAUUUUAAGGAGGUAUUCUAUGGGAAGUAUUUCACAGUUGACAAUCGGACACGACUGGCACGGGAAUUCUUGGAGCUUCGUCAGGGAGAUAUGACGGUGGCAGAGUAUGUCAGGAGGUUCGAGAGAGGACGCUAUUUUGUACCUAUGAUUACCAGCCAACCAGUUGAAGAAUUGAAGCACUUCACCGAAGGGUUGAGGCCAGCUAUCCGCCAUGACGUCAGGCUGAGUCGGGUCACCACAUUCAGAGAGGCAGUUGACCAAGCGCUGAUGUCCGAAAGAGACAGAAAUGACAUGGUCAAGGAAGCUCAGAACAAGAGAUUGAGUUAUCAGGGGCGAGAUCAGCAAGAGCCGAGAAAGAAGAGGUCAGUUCCGGGUCAGAAUCCAGGAAAACAGUCGUUUAAGCAGGCACAGUCGCUGCAGCAAAUUCAGAAGACACAAGCAGCUGAAGGCACUGUUGUCAGGGCUGAAAACAAGGUUCACUGUUCUAAAUGCGAGAAGAUUCACGCUGGGCAGUGUUUGACGGGUACAGAUGCUUGUUAUAUGUGUAAGAAGUCAGGACACUUCGCAAGAGAGUGUCCACUGCUCAAGGAGCCAACCAAGGGGAGAGUAUUUGCGAUGACUCAAGAGCAGGUGGACCUGGACACAGCUAUUAUCACAGAUUCCGGAGCUACACAUUCCUUUAAAUCUGAGGCUUAUCUUACAAAAUUGGGCAUUAAACCUGAACGAAUGGUUGCGGAAUAUAGUGUUUCAUUACCAUCAGGGGAGGAAUUGCAUAGCAACAGAAUGGUAAAGAACUGUCAGAUGAUGAUGCAAGAUCAUAUGGUAGGCGCGAGGCUCAUUGUGUUGGAAAUAACAGAGUUUGAUGUGAUCCUUGGCAUGGACUGGCUGGUUCAGCACGAUGCAGUCAUCGAUUGUAAACAGCGGAAGGUCAAGUUGAAGCUACCAAAUGAAAAACUCCUUAUUUUUCAAGCAGCUUCACAAAUAGCUGUACCCCACAUGAUCUCCAUGUGCAAAGCUCGACGAAUGCUAAGCAAGGGAUGUGAGGGGCUCUUAGUUCACAUCUCGGUUAAGUCAGGGACACAACGACCAAGUUUGGAAGGAUGCUACAGGUCUACCCCCGACUCGGGAGGUGGAAUUCGGAAUACAACUAGUACCGGGGACUACGCCGGUGUCAAAAGCACCCUACCGGUUGGCGCCUACCGAAAUGAAAGAGUUGAAGGGGCAGUUGCAGGAAUUGCUGGACAAGGGUUUUAUAUGACCAAGCGUGUCACCAUGGGGAGCCCCGGUGUUAUUCGUACGCAAGAAAGAUGGGACCAUGCGACUGUGCAUCGAUUACCGGGAGCUGAAUCGAGUGACAAUAAAGAACAAAUGAAGGUGAAGGAGGAAGAUGUGCACAAGACAGCAUUCAGAACUCGAUACGGGCAUUACGAGUUCCUGGUUAUGCCAUUCGGACUCACAAAUGCCCCAGCGGCAUUUAUGGACUUGAUGAAUCGGGUAUUUCACUCCUACUUGGACCAGUUUGUUAUUGUCUUCAUUGACGAUAUAUUAAUUUACUCUCGAAAUUGCCGAGAACAUCAUCUGCAUUUAACCACGGUGCUACAGACGUUGAAGGAACAUCGGUUGUAUGCCAAAUUUAGCAAGUGUGACUUUUGGCUGAAUCAGAUUCCAUUUCUAGGGCACAUUGUCUCAGGGAAUGGGAUAGAAGUGGAUCCGGCCAAAGUGGAGGCAAUUCGGAAUUGGGAUACGCCAAAGAAUGCUUCUGAGAUACGGAGUUUCUUGGGGUUGGCAGGGUACUAUCGAAGGUUCAUCCAGAAUUUUUCCCAGAUUGCCUUGCCGCUGACCUCGCUGACUAAGAAGGGGGUAAGAUAUGAGUGGACAGAUCGGUGCAAGAAAAGCUUUGAGGAGUUGAAAGGAAGAUUGACGACGUCCUUAGUGCUUACGAUCCCGGAUGGUUCUGGACGGUUUGUGGUGUACACUGACGCCUCCAAAACUGGACUGGGAGCUGUGCUAAUGCAGAACGGGAAGGUCAUUGCGUAUGCCUCAUGUCAGUUGAAGGUACACGAGCAAAACUAUCCCACCUAUGAUUUGGAGCUAGCGGCAGUUAUAUUUGCUCUAAAGAUCUGGAGGCACUACCUUUACGGGGAACGAUGUGAGAUCUACACAGACCACAAAAGUUUGAAAUAUUUUUUCACACAGAAGGAAUUAAAUAUGAGACAGAGACAGUGGCUGGAAUUAGUGAAGGAUUACGACUGUAACAUCAACUAUCACCCGGGUAAGGCUAACGUGGUAGCUGAUGCUUUGAGCCGCAAAUCCGCUACGUUGUCGCAACUAACCAGCCAACAACAGUUGAUAUCGGAAUUUCAACGAUUGAAUUUGGAGGUAGUAGCGGCAAGGGAGCAGCUUAAAUUGUCAGCAUUGAUCGUAAAGUCAAAUUUACUAGAUCAGAUUCGGGAAGGACAGAUGGUGGAUCAACAGUUAACAGAAUGGAAGCGGAAAGAUGAAGAAAAAGGGCACGCUAUUUACUCUACUGUGGGUGGAGUUGUGCGAUACAAGGAUCGCAUCUGGGUACCUAAGAUGGGUACACUUCGAGAGGAGCUCAUGAAUGAAGCGCAUAACACCCCAUAUUCCACACAUCCUGGGAGCACAAAAAUGUACAGGGAUAUGAAGUUAUUGUAUUGGUGGCCGGGUAUGAAAAAGGACAUAGUCAAGGUAGUGCACGAAUGUCUCACAUGUCAACAAGUAAAGACUGAGCAUCAGAGACCAGCAGGAUUGCUGGAGCCACUUCCGAUCCCUGUCUGGAAGUGGGAAGAAGUUGCCAUGGAUUUCGUGGUGGGUCUACCAACCACUCCUAAGGGAUCAAACGUUGUAUGGGUCAUUGUGGACCGAUUGACCAAGUCAGCACAUUUCCUACCGGUAAAAACCACCUUCACAAUGACACAGUAUGCAGAGCUAUACAUAAAAGAAGUAGUGCGGCUACAUGGGAUCCCAGUUCAAAUUGUGUCAGACAGGGAUCCAAAAUUUACCUCGGGAUUCUGGGAAAGUCUACAUAGGGGAAUGGGUACCAGGCUGACGUUCAGUACUGCCUUCCAUCCCCAGACGGAUGGUCAGUCUGAACGGGUGAUUCUGAUUUUGGAGGACCUUCUACGAGCAUGUAUGAUGGAUUUCAAGGGGAAUUGA